UGUCUCCAACUUAUAGAUAAGGAUGGUCAUGCAGCUGGUCACGGCAAGGCCAAUAUUCCAACCCAGAGGGUCUCACUCCCCUGCACUCUCUGACUUACACACUGUGCCUCCUUUAAUAAAAAUAGUUCUUUGAAGUUACUAUGCCCCGGGUACGUUACACGCAUUAUUUCUAAAUCCUUAAGGUAUCCUUAUGAUGUGGGCUUUAUUAUCCUCAUAUUACAAGUGAGACAUUACGGCUUGGCGAGGCUGAGUGUGGACGCAGGAAUGUCCCCAGUGUGCUUGCUUCUCCGUGCUUCCCCCCUAGAGCCAGAACACAGCAGGAAGAUGGCUCCCUGGGACUUGGGACAGCACAGCCCUUUCUGUGCUGUGCUAUCUCGUGUGCCAAACUCAUGAGCACUGUUGGGGGACUUGGUAUCCCACAGCUGCAGAGAAGUUCUAACCAGGCUCUUAGAUGAGACCAGGAUUUUUUUUUUUUUUGAUACUUAAAGAAAGUUGUUUUUUUGCGUUUUGUUUGUUUGUUUUUAAAAACUCAUACUCUAACAACGGCUAGGCCAAUAGAGUCAACGUAAAAUAGAUCAUUAUUUCCAUUGCUGGCUAAAUUUGGAAAAGAUACAAAAAAGGAGUUAUGCAAAUUCUGACCAAAAAAAUCUAUACAUGCCUGACUUGGGAGGACUGACUUUUAACAAUUACGAGUUAGCUGGAUAUUUACAUAACAUUUUGCUUCUAUUUACCCAUGUGGACAAAGCCAUAUUCCAUUUGCAUGGCUGCCUGUAGCCUUUAAAACCCUGACUGACUUGAAGCUCUAGUGUUGGCUUUCCUAACCUUUUUCUCCCCUCCUUUUGCAGCUAACACAAAGAUGUACUUCAGACUGUCAGUUUACAAAAGGUCAGAAAUGAACUAUCUUCCCUUGAGAGAGUGGGAUCCAGUAUGCAUAACCCUCACGGCUAUUUCCCCUCUGGUUUUGCAGCUUGAGAAAAUGGCAUGUAACACACCUAACCAAAGACAGCGGACUAUGUCAACAUCUGGAGAAGCUCUAUAUGAAAUUCUUGGUCUGCAUAAGGGAGCAUCAAAUGAAGAAAUUAAGAAAACCUACAGAAAAUUGGCCUUGAAACACCAUCCAGACAAGAAUCCAGAUGAUGCAGGUGCUGCUGAGAGGUUUAAAGAAAUCAACAACGCCCACACAAUAUUAACUGACACGUCAAAAAGAAACAUAUACGACAAGUACGGAUCACUGGGACUCUAUGUGGCCGAGCAAUUUGGAGAGGAAAAUGUUAAUACCUACUUCAUGCUGUCAAGCUGGUGGGCAAAGACUUUGUUUGUCAUCAUUGGCCUCUUGACCGGCUGCUAUUUCUGCUGCUGCCUCUGCUGCUGUUGCAACUGCUGCUGUGGACGCUGCCGGCCUAAGUCAUCGAUGCCAGAAGAGGACUUCUAUGUGUCCCCAGAGGAUCUUGAGGAGCAGAUCAAGACUGACAUAGAAAAAGAUAUGGACUUUCCAGUUGUCCUCCAGCCUACAAACGCAAAUGAGAAAACACAGCUAAUCAGAGAAGGACCUCGAAGUUAUUGUACAGACUCUUAAUAUUGAGCCCAUUGAGGGUCCACAGUACCUCCUCUUGGUUCGGUCAUGUCUCCAGGUGGUCUUGAUGGGGGAUGGUAGGGGACAUGAAAUGCUGUGAACUUUUCCACAUUUGUAUUUUGCUUUUAGGUUAAGGAAAGAUGAUUGCUACAUAAUUUUCUCAGUAUGCAGAUUCACUCUUUGAGUAGAACUCCUAAUGGAAACACACAUUCCAUUUUAAUGAAUAAAGGCCUGAAGAGUUGUUUUAUGCUCCUUGUAUGAGGUAAGACAGUGGCAUUGGACAGGCUUAUGAGCCUGCCCUUUAUGUGAGCCAGACCUUGUUCCUUAUAGACUAAAGUAGUAUUUCAAAACCGAAGCCACUUUUCAUCUAUUUAACUAAAUGUAGUAUUCAUAUCUGCCUUUAAAUAUCAACAGCAAAACAUACAUGAGAAUUUAGGAGGAAUAUUUUGUGUGUGUGGAGAUUUUUCCUGUCGUAUUCAAUAUGGCUACAGAAAUAUUUCAAAGGCAAGAAGAAAUUAUUAGGUAAAGACAAAUCGUAUUAUUUUAAAGUAUAUUUUUGAAAGAUUACAAAUUGUCACUUACUGAAAACUGACAAAACCAGGAAGGAAGAAGUUUUGUGUGUACUUGUAGAUAGGCAUAAAAACAAAAACAAAAUUUCAGCCUGGUUAAAUGUUAUAAAUGAUCCAGAAAGUAAUUCUGGGCCCAAACCAGCCCCAAACAAUGUGUUUAACAAUUUUAAGUUAAAAUAAUUUUUGUCCAACAGGCUUAGAUUAGCCAGACUAAGAAAAAGAAACACAUGAGGUAAAGGACAGAGUUCUAAAUUCUACAGCCUAAAUUUAAAUUUAACGGCAUAUCACUCACCCCAUCUUCAGUGGGAUUAAUAACACUGACCAGAAAAUGCUCUGCUCUGUGCACGUUUAACAUUUAUGCUCAGAGGUCAUCUCUGCAUUUACUUGUCUGAACCUUAUAUUCAUCACGUGGAAGAAACCAUAUGCUAUUUCUAAAAUAGUAAGCAGCAAGUGUUUGUUUUUUUCCAGGUCUUCCUUAGUUCUUUAUGUAAUAUUACAUUUUUCAAGAUCUUGUUAUGUUUUUAUGUAACACUGCAUGAAAUGCCGUUUCCUUUUUUUCUUUGUUUCUUAUUCUGCCUCACCACGAAAUUACCGUUAAUUAAAGUUAAAUAUACAUUGUAAGUGGGAAUUGGUGUUAUAGCUGAUAGUUCUGACAUAACUAAAACUCUGCUCUAACUCUUGAGUUACUGGAAUUCUUUUUUUAAAUCGACAUAAUUAAGUAGAAAGAGCCCUGGUUUGAAAAUUAAGAACCUGGUUCUAAUCUAAGUGCUCACAAACUAGCCCUGUAACCAAGUGAGAUGAGAAUAAUAUGGCUAAUCUCUCUGACCCUGUUUUCAUAUCUUCUCUGUUCAUAUUCCUAAUUGCUGCCAAGAUCAGGUGAAAUAGUUGAAGUGAAAGAACUCUGAAAAGUCAAGUAUUUAACAAGUAUAAGAUGGUUUCACAUGCGUUUGUAUGUGUUGAUACACAUAGACAAAUGUAAUGUGACUCUUUAUGUAUAUAAACUCUCUCAUCCAACAAGACACAUGAAAAUACCCAAUACUAACAGUGCCAGUGACCAGUAAGUGCUCAGAACUCUACUCAACAAUUGAGUGCUACUUUCCAUUUGAAGGGAACAAUGAGAUAAACAGCCCCAUCUGGGGAUAAUUUGAGCCACUACAUUUCCUUCCUGAGGCCUCUAACCAAAAC